CUAAUACUUUAAAGUAUAUGUAUAAGUUCGAAGAAGCAUUAGAAAAUUAUGAUGAAGCCAUUAGAAUAAACAAAUAUGACGAUCGAUUUUAUUAAGGAAAAGGUAAAUUAUUUGAUUAUUUUUAGCAUUGUUGUUAUAUGAAAUGGAAAGAUAUUAAGAAGCACUGGAAGUAUGUAAUUUAGGGAUUAAUAUAAAUCCUGAGAAUGAUUUAAAUUUCAGUCAAAAUGGUAUACCAUUACUUUAAUUAUUAGCAACUAAUUUAAUAAAAUUAAAUAAUUUAGAGGAAGCAUUAAUAAGUUGUGAUUAAGCUAUUUUAAGGAAUCCUAAUGACGCUAAAAAUUUUAAUAAUAAAGGUAUUUAGCCUAAUUUAUAUAAGGGAUUGUGUUAUUUAAGCUUGAAUAAUAUGAAGAAGCUCUCAAGAAUUAUGACUUGGCAAUAAAAGCAGAUCCAGAAAAUAGUGAAAUAUAUUAAAAUAAAGGUUAAUAAUAUUAGUAUUUUAGCUAUUUGCUUAUUUGAAUUAAAAAUGUUCGAUAACACAAUUUAAUGCUGUAUUGAUGGAAUUUCAAAUGGUUUUGAAAAUAUGGAGCUUAACUUUAUUAUAGGUGAAUUAUUCUAUAUAAUAAUUAGCUAAUUCUUUAAAGAAAAUGAAUCUCAAAUUAGAAGCUCUAAUAUAUUAUAACUUAGCAAUAUUUAUAAAUUCUGAUGAAAGAUACAAAAUCAAUAAAUCAAAUUUAGAAAAAGAAUUAAGUUAUUUUCAUAAAUGA